AUGUCUUUAGCCGCAACGCUAAAGCAAGGGCUCAAGAUUAAGACCGGUUCAUUAAAGCGGCUAUCGAAAGAACAUAAAUCCUAUGCGCAGGAGGUCAUUGAUCACAAGGCGAAAUUGGACAAGUCCAUCAAAGAAAAUGGGGAAGAAUGGGAUAUCAAGAACGCGAGGAACUUGGUCAUUGAAUCUGAAAAGAUGACGGCCCAUGUGCAAAAGGCGGUGUUAAGGACGUAUAAUGAAUUGAAAGAGGCCGUGGAAGUGGCAGAUGCAGAUGAAUCCAUCGCGGAGAAUGACCCUGAUCUUAUCGCAGCUAAAGCAACACUCGACAGUGUCACCAUCCCGCAAGGCGAGGAAUAG